AUGAGACCUCUACUAGCCCCCCAUUUCUGUAGCACAUUGCGUCUGGGCUAUCGGUGCAGUCGUCAGGUGUCUACAACUGCAGGAAAUUCAGCCUCGAAUGCUGUCCUUCAGCUUUUGGAUCAACACAAGGGUCGUACUACAACACGUCGACAAGUCCUGGACGGCAAUCAGCUCCAGAAGCUAAGCCUUACUCUUAACCGACCACAGCUUCAUCGCGAUCUCGACGUUUCAGAAACGGCCCCGGCAAACGGCACUCCUCUUCCUCCAGGCUAUCAUCUGGUUUAUUUCACCCCAAACGGAACAGAAAUCGACUUAGGAUCAGAUGGAACCGAUCGUAGCUUCAAUGCCCCAGCACCCUUCACCCGGCGUAUGUGGGCAGGAGGGCGUGUGAAAUGGACCAAAGGUCAUCCACUGCGGGUUGGGGAGGAGGUUGAAGAACGCACAGCUUUGCUUGCUGCGGAGCCAAAGAAGAGUCGAGACGGAGCCGAAAUGAUAGUAGUCACUGUCCAGAAAGAGUUCUGGGGUACACAAGGAUUAUCUCUGGUCGAUGAAAGGUCUUGGAUAUUCCGAACCGAACUUCCAGAGCCUUCCCAGAACACAUCAGUGCUCACCAUGUUAAUUACAGAACCGACAAAUGUCCAAACUAUAGAGCCGUCGUCAAAUGGCUUUCCAGAGCGUCAGAUGAAAUGGUCUCCGAUAUCCCUCUUCCGUUUCUCAGCACUAACAUUCAACGCUCACCGAAUACACUACGAUGCAGCUUGGAGUCAAGGCGUUGAGAAUCAUCCGGGCAUUGUCGUCCAUGGGCCUCUCAACCUAAUCAAUCUGCUCGACUACUGGCGCGACGUACAUGGUGCAGAACCGAGCGAGAUCAGAUAUAAACUACUGUCACCUAUAUACUCGGGAGAACCUUACAAGAUCAAGACUCUUCCCGGCGAGCAGCCGGGCAAAGUCGACGUCUCGAUCGUGAAGAAUAGCACGGUAUGCGUGAAGGCUCAGAUCUCGGAAUAG